UCACAUUCACUCACCCAGCCAGUGCGUGUGCAGGAACCUGUAACUCUCCAUUUACUUUCCCUCCAACUGCCUGGAAGUCUUCCCGCGCAAGAAGCGUGGAUUCAGGCCCGCUGAGCAACGAGCGCGGCGCGACUCACUCACACGUCCUCGAUUUCGUUCUCAGGGAGCAGUGGCGGAAACAUGACCCCCGGGCGUGUGUGGCCCCCACGAAAGACACUCCUCCCUGCUGCAGGAUCUUCCAAGGCGCUAGACUGACCGGCCAAGAGGCCCCUGCUACGAGAGGCCUCGCCGCCAUAAGAGAGCGAGCGCGAGACGCGAUGCGAGCUCCGGCGGGCGCCCACGCCGCCUGGUCGUGGGCGGCGCGGGCGCAGGGCUGGAUGGUGGCGCUCGGGGUACUGUGGGCUUGCCUCAGCCUGCGAGGGAUUAGCGUGCAGGCGACGCAGGCCCAAUUCGGGCCCCAGUGCGAGGAGAUCAAGAUCCCCAUGUGCCGCAACAUGCCCUACAACCUGACGCGGCUGCCCAACCUGCUGCACCACUCCACGCAGGAGAACGCGCAGCUCGCCAUUGACCAGUUCGAGCUGCUGCGUUGGACCAAGUGCUCGGACCAGCUGGAGUUCUUCCUGUGCUCGAUGUACGCCCCGAUCUGCACGGUGGACUUCGCGACCGAGGCGGUGCCGCCGUGCCGCAGCGUGUGCGAGGCGUCGCGGGACGGCUGUGAGCCCCUGCUGCGCCGCUUCAACAUCCCGUGGCCCGAGAGCCUCGAGUGCGCCCACCUGCCCGUCUACGACCGCGGCGUCUGCAUCACGCCCGAGGCUAUCAUCACCGCCGAGGCGUCGCCGCAACCUGAGGUGGAGGAAGGACCCUGCGAGUGCCUCAGGCGACCGAAGCUCCGGGAGAAGAUCUACAAAAAGAGAGACUUCGAUUACGUGCUCCGAGGAACCGUGCAGAGCGUGGACACCUUCGGCGGACUCACCCUGACGACGGUGCUGGUGAGCCACGUGGUGCGCGCCGGCCGAGUGCGCGUGUUGGCGGGCGAGAGCGCGCAUCUGUGGACCAACCGCUCCUGCGCCUGCCCCCCCCUCGCCCUGGCGCAAGACUCGCUGCUUCUGGGCUGGGAGGACUUCGCCAACAGCCGCCUGCUGUACCUGGAGGGAAGCAUCGUUGUUCCAUAUCGCAAGAGAUACGUCAAGAAAAUUCAGGCUUGGGACGGCUUCACGUGGAAACCGCCCACCCCACGCCCUCCCGACCCUCCCCUCGCCCAACAUCACAAUAAGCGGGGCAAUGGGCGGCAAAUCACGCCCCCACCCGCCGUCCAUACAAGUGGGCAACAGCAGGAGGGGGAAAAAGAACCGAAGUGAUAGAAGGAGGAGGAGGAAGGAGAGGAGGCGAAGGAGGAAGUCGAAGUCGCGGAGGCUGAGAAAGAAGCAGCAGAACGGGACGGACACGCCGGUGACGUAGAAACCGCGGGCGGCGCGUCCUCUGCCGGGCGGCCCUCGCAGACGCGGAAGAGGAGGCUGCCCUCGCCCAGGAGGCUUCCGAGUGGGCUUCCCUGUGUCUCCUUCGGGUGCUUCGUGCUCUCGGAAUCCGCUUCAAGGGAACAAAGCCUUUUGAAGCUUUGGGGAACGGAACUGGCCUGGUUACCUGCGUGACCAGAAUGUGCUGUUGAUGAACUUGCAUAUGUAUGUGUAUGUAUAUG